CCUCCGCGCAUGCGCGGCGCGGCCGUGACUCGGGGCGUGCGCGGCGCGCGCGGCCCGCGAUGAGCGCUGCCGUCCGGCUGCGCGGUGCAUUGUGGGCGCGGCUGAGGAAGUAAAAUGGCGGACCUGGCGAACGAGGAAAAACCUGCCAUUGCCCCACCUGUCUUUGUAUUUCAGAAGGAUAAAGCACAGAAGUCCCCUGCAGAGCAAAAAGCUUUGUCGGAUUCAGGCGAGGACCCCCAGGGAGAGGUUGAGCCCCCCUACCAUGGUCUGGGUCACACAGAACCAGCUGGUGAGUGCGACUCUGAGCACCCUGCUCCUGCUGUGGUCUCAGUCAGUGCUACCCUGAGUCCUGCUUCUGAAGCGCAGCUUGCUCCUAUUCAACAAGAACUGGCAGGGAGAUCUGCAGAUGGAUCAAGUCCAGAAGAUGGAGAUGAAUCUGAUCGUGAGGAUGGAAGCUACUGCCCACCUGUAAAACGUGAGAGAACUUCAUCUUUGACUCAGUUCCCUCCUUCUCAGUCAGUAACAAAGAACAAUGUCUUUAUGCCAUCAAGUUUUUGUGAACCCUCUGUGGGCAAUUCUGACUCAGAACCAGAGGAAAAGAGCAGUGGAUUCCGGCUGAAGCCACCAAUACUUAUCCAUGGUCAGGCACCCAGUGCAGGUCUCCCUAGCCAGAAACCGAAGGAACAGCAGCGAAGUGUGCUCCGUCCAGCAGUACUACAGGCACCGCAGCCAAAAGCUUUCUCACAGAUGGUUCUCAGCAGUGGCACCAAUGGUGUAAAUAUCCCUCCAGAUUCUGCAGCCACAUCACAAUCACUAAGUGAUGCAACAUUGAAAAGUUCAGACUCUGAAGACAAGGCAGCAGAAUGUCAGAAAAAGGAGUCCAACAAUACUUCAGAUGAUGACAGCUCUGAGAAGGCUGAUCUAAAUGCACAGCAAGCAUUUGUUUUUGGGCAAAAUUUACGAGAUAGAGUUAAGCUAGGAGAUGAAAGCAAUGAAACUGCUGAUGUGCAGAAUGCUGGCCUUCUGACAUCAGAUAUACCCUCUGCGACAAAUUAUUUUCUACAGUACAUCAGUUCCAGUGUAGAGAACUCUACAAACAGUGCAGAUGCGUCUAGCAACAAGUUUGUUUUUGGACAGAACAUGAGUGAGCGAGUCCUAAGUCCACCAAAAUCAAAUGAAGGUAGUACAGAGAGUAAUAAGGAGAAUGCUGCUACAGAGUCUGGGUCUGAAUCAUCUUCUCAGGAGGCCACGCCAGAAAAAGCUAAUAAUAUUUCAGAAUCGCUGGCAGAGUCUGCAGCAGCCUAUACUAAAGCAACAGCAAGGAAGUGUUUAUUAGCGAAGGUAGAAGUGAUUACUGGGGAGGAAGCUGAAAGUAACGUGUUACAGAUUCAGUGCAAGCUGUUUGUAUUUGAUAAAAGCUCUCAGUCUUGGGUGGAAAGAGGUCGAGGGCUCCUGAGACUCAAUGAUAUGGCCUCAACAGAUGAUGGAACAUUACAGUCUCGACUGGUGAUGAGGACUCAGGGGAGUCUCAGGUUAAUCUUAAAUACGAAGCUCUGGGCUCAGAUGCAGAUCGAUAAAGCCAGUGAGAAGAGUAUCCGUAUCACCGCCAUGGAUACAGAGGACCAAGGAGUUAAAGUUUUUCUUAUAUCAGCAAGCUCUAAAGAUACGGGGCAGUUGUAUGCUGCAUUGCACCAUCGGAUCUUGGCCUUGCGCAGUAGAGUGGAACAAGAGCAAGAAGUCAAGAAUGUAGCACCUGAGCCAGAGGUAACGCAGUCAAAUGAGGAAGACAGUGAUGAUGAUGAUGAUGUCAUUGCACCUUCAGGAUCAGUUGGAAGUGGUCCUAAUGAUGAAGGUGAUGGGCAGAACACUGGCAGCACAUAGCAGAUGUGAGCUGAUCUGCUUGCAAGGCUGCUAUGAACACCAUCUUGCAGGCAUCUCUGGAUACCCCAGGCCAGCGAUUAUUUCAGGCAGUUUUGAAAGCUCCAGGACCUAAGAACUGUGCAUCUCUGUUCUAUUCAUUUGGGUUUUUGGUCUGGAUCAGUAGAUUCCACACAAAAAAUAGCAGACUUGGAAACUACCUGAAUGUGGUUUGGGACGUUGAAAGCUCAUCAUAUUGAUGAGCAAAAACAAAAAGAAAAAAAUCCAACCCCAAAACAACAAAAACACAAAAUGCAACCACACCCAACCAUUUCCCCUCUUCCUUGUAAUUAAAAUGGCACAUUACAGCUUGUUACAGCUUUUCAUUGGGACCUUUUGUCUGUUUCUUCAGUAGUUCAUGUCUUGCAGGUCUCCAAGAUAGAACUUUUCGAUGUGGUUCCAAAUUGAAUUCUGCUUUUAUAACCCCUACUCCCCUUUACGCAGGGAAACUCGGUCCUCACCAGCUCCUAUGCUCACUGGCUGCCCUUUUGGGUUCCUUUUUUUUUUGGAUUGUAGAUGGGGCAGGUUAUGUUUUUACCUUUUAAUCCCAACAUGGGUUGUGGAUGUGGACACCAUUGUUUGCUGUCUAGUGGAUUUGUAAACAGAAAGAAACAAAACAUUGUGGUUCACCAGAAAAGCUUUUUUAAUGCGAUAAGAGACUUUAAAGUCUGCAGGACGUUUUGCUAACUCCGUUUUUCUUCCCACUUCAUUAUUAUUUUUUGGGGAUUUAUAUUGUGGUGAGACUUUUUUAUUUUAGUUUUUCAAUAAGAUGCUCUUGUGUGUUGAAAAAGUGAAACUAUUGUUUUGUACUGUUCUUUUCUGUUACUAUUUAAGGGAGAGCUAAGCCACUAUAUAUAAUAGAUGUUGCAUACAAUUUUUCUUAGAAAAUUUUGUUUCUGUGGCUACAGUAAAGUGCAGGAGGCAUACAGGCUAGACCUUCAGAAAAGUUAAUGACAAAACAGCUGUUAGCCCUUGGAAGAAUAAAAUAGGCUCAUGUAAUGAGCGCUGCCACCCAUUAAAAUAAAUCUACAUAAUAAAGCAGCUCUCAUUUAAUGGCUUGAUUCAACAAGCCAUUUAAGCACUUGCGUGACUUAACUGUAUGUGAAUAAUCUUACUGAAGUCAAUGCAACUCUUCAUGCUUAAAGUUGAGGACAUUUUUUUAAAUCUUGAUGAAUUAAUGGCCUUAAAUAGAAAAUUUAACUUCUAAACCCUUCCUGUCCUUGUUCCAUUUUCUGAAGUCUUGCAGCAUGAAGAAAAAGGUAAUACUGCCAGCCUUGAGUAGUUUGGGCUGAAGGUUAUUGUAUUCUGUUCCACCACAAAUAAAAGCAAAAAUGUGGUUUUUUGUGUGUAA